CACACAGUGACCAGGACUCAUGCUGUUUAGAACCGGAUCAGAUGUGCAAACAUGGACACACACCAUCCACACACUUGAUCAGCAGGUGUUCAGGUGUUCACAUGUAAACUGCAGCUGCCAGUGUUUCCUGCCUGAACGACUCAACCUAAGGUCAUGUGACCACUGCAAACACGGAUGGGUCACGCAUGGUGUGUGUGAUGGAAUCUUCAUCACUAACAAAUAUCAAGUGGAGGUUGUUCACCCAGGCGUUGUGUGUGAUCUCAGCGCUCUGAUCCUGUUCGGCACACACGCUUUUCCUGUCAGGAUGAAGAUUCUCCUGGACCGGCUUUUCAGCGUCCUCACACACCAACACAUCCUCAACAUCCUACACACACACGGCUGGACGCUGCACGAUUAUGUCCGUGGGUACAAGCUGCAGGACUCAGCAGGGAAGGUUUUGGAUCGCUGGGUGAUCAUGACACCCGAAGAUGAACUCGUAACGCUGCUUCAGUUUUUACGUUUUGGUGAAACUAAAUCCAGUGCAGAGCUCAUGAUCUCUCGACACGAGCAGCAUCUGCUUUCAAUAAACAUCUCCGAACCUAGAAAACAUGACUGCUUUUUCAACACAAGUCAUAAUAUUCAGAUGAAUGGAAUCAUCAGAAAUCAGAGGUCACCUGGAUUGAGUAAUUUAAAAAAUCUUUCAAGAGGGAUACAGGAGUGCAGUGAGCCUUCCUCAUCACUUCUUCACAAGUUUCCAUCAGAAUUUUAUAAAUUACAGCAAGCCCGAGAGACAAAACAUGGAGAAAAUACAGAAUCUGAAGCAGUGAUCAUGACCAGUCUAACACUACAAGGAGGAGAAGAGAGGAAAAAUCGAGGAGCGAGGGAUCAGCGUUCAUGCUCAUCUUCCAUGCGAAAGUCUCGCGUGAGCUGCGGCUCAUGUGGGAAAUCGUUCUACGACCGGGGAACACUGAAGAUCCACUACAAUGCUGUGCAUCUUAAGAUUAAACACCGCUGCACUGUCAAGGGCUGUGACAUGCUGUUCAGCUCACUGAGGAGCCGGAACAGACACAGCGCUAAUCCGAACCCACGCCUACACAACACACACCACACACACUCAACACACCAUACACAUUCCAUGACAAGGGCUUCAUCCCAAUCCUCCACGUCUCCAAUGAAAAUCAUACAGGAAGUGAAACCAUCUGACACGACUAUGCUAGCACCUGUUACCACAUCAAGUGUUUAUGCUUUUGCUAACAUAAAUAAUUACACAGAAAUGAUCGAUCAACAUAAAAUGUUAGUUUACAGUGCUAAUAGUGCAAGUGGUGGGGCUUCCACUCAUCUCUGGACCAAUCAGAAGGAGUAUAAAGGAGUCACUGGUGCAACAGGCAAAAAGAAAUCACGCAAGUCCACCAUGCCGGUGAAAAUAAAAAAGGAAACACAUGAUGACGCACGAUGAACAGUUAGCGUCUGCUAAAUUUCACUAAUAAACCAAUAAAAGGCUCAAAAUUCAGUGAGAAGAAGCGUGAUUGAUGUAACAGCGACAUCCAGGAAGAGAUGGAGAGAUUAAACAGGAAGUGGGUAACCCUGGCGAUGACCUUUAUCCUCGCUGUACUGUUCCCUGCCUAGCAAUGUGGUGAGGUUGGUGUUAUGGUUUACCUUCAAUUAAAUACUCUGUAAUGUGAUUUAGUGAUUAAAAUGUUAUUGUGUAAUAUGUGUAAUGUAAUGUGUAAUACGUGUAGUGUAACAAGCAUCAUGGUGUAAACU